UAAGGCGGGCGGUCCGGGCCGCCUGAUUCCUCUCGCUGCCCUCCAGCUCCCUGGCCACGCGGCUGCCGGCAGCAUGGGUCCCCGGCCCCGCGCCCCGCUCGCCGCCCUCCUGCUGCUGCUGCUCUGCGCCGUGGGCACCGUGCACGGCGACACACCUGCCAACUGCACCUACCCCGACCUGCUGGGCACCUGGGUCUUCCAGGUGGGCCGCGGGGGUUCCCAGCGCGAGGCCAACUGCUCGGUGAUGGGACCACCAGAAAAGAAAGUCGUGGUGCACCUUAAGAAGAUGGACACAGCCUAUGAUGACUUGGGCAAUUCUGGCCAUUUCACCAUCAUUUACAAUCAAGGCUUUGAGAUUGUGUUGAAUGACUACAAGUGGUUUGCCUUUUUUAAGUAUAAACAAGAGGGCAGCAAGGUGACCAGUUACUGUGAUGAGACCAUGACCGGGUGGGUGCACGAUGUGCUGGGCCGGAACUGGGCUUGCUUUACCGGAAAGAAGGUGGGAAUUGCCGCGGAGAAUGUGAGAGUGAACGCUGCCCACCUUGAAGGUCUCCAGGAAAAGUAUUCCAAUAGGCUCUACAAAUAUAAUCACGACUUUGUGAAAGCGAUCAAUGCCGUUCAGAAGUCUUGGACUGCAACCACAUACCUGGAAUAUGAGACUCUUACCCUGAGAGAGAUGAUUAGGAGAAGUGGUGGCCGCAGACAGAGACUCCCCAGGCCCAAACCUGCACCACUAACUGCUGAAAUACAUGAAAAGCUUUUACGUUUGCCAACAUCUUGGGAUUGGAGAAAUGUUCAUGGUACCAAUUUUGUUACCCCUGUUCGAAACCAAGCAUCUUGUGGAAGCUGCUACUCAUUUGCUUCUAUGGGUAUGCUGGAAGCAAGAAUACGUAUUCUAACCAACAACACCCAGUCGCCAAUCUUGAGUCCUCAGGAGGUUGUGUCUUGCAGCCAGUAUGCUCAAGGCUGUGAAGGCGGCUUCCCAUACCUCAUUGCAGGAAAGUAUGCCCAAGAUUUCGGGCUGGUGGAAGAGGCGUGCUUCCCCUACACAGGCACUGACUCGCCAUGCAAAAUGAAGGAGGACUGCUUUCGUUACUACACAUCUGAGUACCACUAUGUGGGUGGUUUCUAUGGGGGCUGCAACGAAGCCCUGAUGAAGCUUGAGCUGGUCCAUCAUGGGCCCAUGGCAGUUGCUUUUGAAGUCUAUGAUGACUUCCUCCACUACAACCAGGGGAUCUACCACCACACUGGUCUGAAGGACCCUUUCAAUCCAUUUGAGCUGACCAAUCAUGCUGUCCUGCUGGUGGGCUAUGGCACUGACCCCAAAACUGGGCUGGAUUACUGGAUUGUUAAAAACAGCUGGGGCACCAGCUGGGGUGAACAAGGUUACUUCCGGAUCCGUAGAGGGACUGAUGAGUGUGCAAUUGAAAGCAUAGCAAUGGCAGCCACACCGAUUCCAAAAUUGUAGCAUGAACCCCCCAGCAUUUUAUACUGACCACCAUCAGUCAUGAAAGGGGAUGAUUUAUUCACAGGUUAGAGAUUUUAUUGCAGCAGCUUCAGAAGAUUACAAAUAGAUUCUUAUGAAGAUUUUUGCCUUCAAAAUUAAAACUGCCCUUGAUUUAAUAUACCUUCCCAUUAGCCACUAACCUAAUUUUUAUAAGUACUCAAUUAAAUGAGUUUUUUACGAUGGUGGUGAACUGUGCACUAAUGGAUUUUGCUAAUCAUUUCUAAUUCAAACAUGCUAUAUUUUGAAAAGUCUAUUUGAAAAUCUCUAGGAAUUAUGGCAAGGACUAUUAAAAAAUAUUUUUUUGUAAAUGAUCAAGUGAUAUAUAUUGUAGAAUGUAUGUGUGUGCAUAAGAGAACUUCUGCCAUUGGCUCCUUCAGUUAAAUUCAGAUUUAUUGUGUCACCUAUAUAAGUACUUUAAGAAGGAAAAGCAUUUGAGGGUAUUUUAAUUAAAAACAAAAAUUUAUGAAACUUUAUGAUAGGGAAUAUGUUCAAAUAAUGGCAAGUGAAUGCUAAAAUCAUCCCCUGUACAGUUGAUGAGCCAAAAGUCAUAGCAAAAAAAAAAAAAAAUAGGAGUUUUGGUCAAAAUGUUGAUAUUGGUUACAUUUUCUUAUGGUCUAUCUUGAAUUUGGAAGUAUUGGUUAGCCUUCAUUGGGUGAGCAGUGUUAGCUUAAUUAGUAGAAUAGUAGAAGUUUAGAUUUGGGCAGAUCUUUGGGUCUCUAAGAUAUAUUUCACAGUGAUAUGAAACCAUUAUGCUGAGUAAACAGGUGUCAUCUAUUAGAAAUGAUUGAUUAGGCAAAAUUAGGCAGCCAAAGCUCUAAAGCAUACAUAAGAACCACAAGUCUUUUGGAAGAGACUGUAAAUAGAGAUCAUGCCAUCAAACCUCUGCACAGAAAAAGAGACUAAGGCUUAGAAAAAGUUCAAGUAACUCACCUAAGGUCACACAGGUGGUAAGUAAGUGAUGCAUGAAUAGCACCCAGAUCUAAGGCCUGAUCUUGAGCAACUGGACACUGAACCUCAGCACUUUGCACCAGAAUAUCCAAAAUCCUCAGGGAUACGAGGUGUAUACUUGGAAAUUUCACCUUGACAUGUUAAGUCUCAGAGUUUUGUCUUAAACCUCGUGUACUCUUCGCAUGACUAUUGAUUCACUACGAUGACACUUUUAUUCUCCUUGAACUGAAGUGGCCUUCCAGGAAUUUACCGAGUGUUUAAGGUGUGGCUUCUUGUGCUUCUUGGAACACUGAGACUUACCUUUGACCUUUUCACCACAUGGUGACACAGAACUUCCAGGAGGACUCCAAUGACUAGUAUUUCCUCUGUUACUGUUACUGAUUCAAGGUAAUUUUAGUCCUACUUUAUGCCUAGCCUUGUCGCUAUGUGAAAGUAUAAAAAGAAUAUGAAAUCAAGGAUGCAUUUAUUUUUCACUGAAAUUUAUAUAGAUACUACCUCUCAGCUUAACAGAUAUGACUUUGUUAACAAGUACACAUGAGCUUAUCCUCUGGGUUUCUAUUGGAUAGCAGUUAGCGGACGCAUAAGAGAGCAAGUCAUGAAGAUGCAGAGUGCCCAUGAUUUUGCACAAUUUUCUGAGGGCCCUGACAGCCCCACAGGAAAAUCAUUGCUGGUAUCAUGUAUUAAGUACUUGAGAAAAUACUGAAAAACUAAACAUAGGUGUGAACCUAACUGGCAGUGGGAAGCAGCUCUCACAGCACGGUGAGUUGAAGACAAGCAGGGGUUUGAAGAGGCCCUAAGUCUUCAGAGGUGGCAAGGAUUGCCCAAAAUGAGAGCUCAAGUUACACUGCACUUCCACCUGCAUUUAUCGGCGUGGAGUCUGCUUCUCAUGUGUCUAUAAGACAGAAAAGAUCACUUAUUUCAGCAGCAGUGGAAGAAUUAAAGACAGUGACUAAAUGAAACAUUGUGGUUCCUCCAGCCUUGUGAUUAAACUGUUAAACUGUACAAAUAGCAACAA